AUGCCGACCAUAAAUUCUCGCAACUCGAACGCAUGCUACUUACAGCUGCUGUCUAGCGCUGCUGCUAUCGUCACCACGACGUGGCUGCGGACGGGCGUCGCCCACGACAUCGUGCGCCCGCUCUCCAACGUCGCCGAGAUCCCUGCCUCGCCUGCCAGGAGCGGCGUCGAGCUCAUCGCUGGGCAGGUCGCCGAGGAGCACGUGGAAUGCCAAUGCGAAAACACGACGAAUGGUGAGAGGUCGGUGACCUGCCCCUACCACGACGACUUCGAGGUCGUGAUCGGCAAGACGGUCAAGGGUACUGUUUUCCAGAGCGACGACAGCAACAUGUCAAGCAAGCUCACCCUGAUCCACGUCCCAGUCGGCAACAACCCAGCCAGGAUCCGGCUCCUCAUCUACCUCAAGGGCCUCGAGGACCAGAUCGACAUCAGUACGCCGGCCGACUAUGGCGGCAUGAGCAGCGACGCCUAUCGGGCGCUCAACCCGCAAUGCAAGAUCCCGACGCUGCUCCUUCCAGACGGAAGCGCGGUCUACGAGAGCCGGGGCUGCGGCUACAAGGGCGUCGAGCUGAUCGACGCGCCGGCACGCGCCGCCAAGCUGAGGGAAGUGGCCAAGCAGGUUGGCGUGCUCGAGGGGCUCGUCGUCGGCCCUUACGCCGCCGGCGCCGCGCUGACCGAGGCGGACUGCGCCCUCUAUCCCACCCUCGCGCUGCUGCUCCCCUUUUGCCUCGAGCACGCCUUUGGCUGGCCGACUCUUUAUGCCAAGUGGCUGGCCGAGAUGGAAAAGCUGCCCGCGGCGCAGCGCGUGAGGGCGGAGGUGGAGCCGGCGCUGCAGGGCUGGCUCCACGCCGGCCGCUUCGAGCCGAUCCGCGCGCAGGUGGCGGCCGCCGCGUCUCUCGCAUGGGAUCGCGAGGCGGUGAUGGCGAGUCUGUGA